CUCCCGGCGCCGCAGCCCUACUGAGCUGCACGUGCCUCUGUCGGGGAAGGCGGGCGUGCCCCGGGACGGGCUCCAUGGCGGCGGCGGCGGCGGCGUGGCGGGCCUACCAGCGCCUCAUGGCCAGGCGUCCGGCCUCCGUCCAGGUCCUGACCGCGGGGACCCUGAUGGGGGUCGGGGACGUCAUCUCCCAGCAGCUGGUGGAGCGGAGGGGCCUGGAGGGGCACAGCGGGCGCCGGACCCUGAGGAUGAUGGGCAUCGGCCUCUGCUUCGUGGGACCGGUCAUUGGGAGCUGGUACCGGGUGCUGGAGCGCAUGGUGCCUGGCGCAACCCGAACGGCCGCCUUCCAGAAGAUGCUCCUGGACCAGGGGGGUUUU